CUGGUGCUGGAGCAGCAGCGCUCGGAGCAGGUGGCACUCCUCGCCGCCGAGCCGCUGCGGGCCGGGCACAACUACACCCUCAGCAUCCAGUACUUGGCGAAUCUCUCCGAGUCCUUCCAUGGCUUCUAUAAAAGCACCUACAGGACCCGGGAAGGAGAACUCAGAGUGCUUGCAGCAACACAGUUUGAGCCGACAGCUGCCCGAAUGGCCUUCCCGUGUUUCGACGAACCAGCCUUCAAAGCCAGGUUUUCCAUUACAAUUAGGAGGGAACCAAAGCACCUUGCACUGUCCAAUAUGCCAAUUGUGAAGUCUGUGAAUAUAACUCCCUGGCUUGUUGAGGACCAUUUUGAUACCACUGUCAAGAUGAGUACGUACCUCGUGGCCUUUAUUGUUUCGGAUUUUAAAUCCAUCAGCAAAGUAACCACUCAUGGAGUUAAGAUUUCUGUGUACACGGUGCCAGACAAGAUCAACCAAGCUGAUUACGCGCUGGAUGCGGCAGUGAAACUUUUAGACUUCUAUGAGGAUUACUUCAGCAUUCCGUAUCCUUUACCUAAGCAAGAUUUAGCAGCUAUUCCUGAUUUUCAGUCUGGUGCUAUGGAAAACUGGGGACUGACUACAUACCGGGAAUCUGUGUUGUUGUAUGACCCUGAAAAGUCCUCGGCAUCAUCUAAACUUGGGAUUACUAUGACAAUAGCCCAUGAGCUAGCUCAUCAGUGGUUUGGCAACCUCGUUACCAUGGAGUGGUGGAACGAUCUGUGGUUGAAUGAAGGGUUUGCAAAGUUUAUGGAGUUCGUGUCAGUCAGCGCUACCCACCCAGAGCUGAGAGUUGAAGACUUUUUCUUAAGGAGAUGUUUUGGUGCCAUGGCAGUGGAUGCGUUAAAUUCAUCACAUCCUAUAUCUACUCCUGUGGAAGACCCAGCUCAAAUUUUAGAAAUGUUUGACACAGUUUCUUAUGAGAAGGGAUCUUGUGUAUUAAACAUGCUGAGGGACUACCUGACUGCUGAUGUGUUUAAAACUGGACUUGUCCAGUACCUGCAGAAAUACAGCUAUCAGAAUACAAAAAAUGAAGAUUUGUGGAACAGCAUGACAAAUAUUUGCCCUACAGUUGGUAGUGAUAAAAAUGACCUGCAAGGUGAUGGUUUUUGUAGAAAAAGCCCACACUCAUCUUCAAAUGCACACUGGACUAAAGGAGAGACUCUUGAUGUGAGGGCAAUGAUGGACACGUGGACACUGCAGAAGGGUUUUCCGCUGGUAACGGUCACGGUGAGAGGGAAGAACGUCCACCUGCAGCAGGAGCGAUACGUGAAGGGAGGAGAUUCUCCUUCAUCCUCAGGGUACUUGUGGCACAUUCCACUAACCUACAUUACCAGUAAGUCUGACACCGUUCAGAGGUUUCUGAUGACGACUAAAGCAGAUGUCAUUAUCCUUCCGGAAGAGGUGGAGUGGGUUAAGUUCAACGUGGACAUGAAUGGGUAUUACAUUGUGCACUACGAAGAUGAUGGAUGGGAUCGUCUGAUCACCCUUCUGAAAGAGAACCAUACAGUGAUUAGCAGCAACGACAGAGCAAGUCUCAUUAACAACAUAUUCCAGCUUGUGAGAAUGAAAAAAUUAUCAAUUUCCAAAGCUUUUGAUUUGACUUUGUACCUGAAACAUGAGAGACAAAUCAUGCCUGUGCUGCAAGGUAUGAACGAGCUGAUCCCGAUAUACAGGCUCAUUGAGAGGAGGGAUAUGGAUGGUACAGAAAAACAGUUAAAGGAGUAUAUAGUCCAUCUAUUUAAGGACCUGAUUGACAGGCAGUCUUGGAGCGAUGAAGGCUCGCUGUCUGAGAGGUUGCUUAGGGACUCGCUUCUGUGGUUCGCCUGCAUCCACAAGUACCAGCCAUGCGUGGACAAAGCCAAGGGAUAUUUUACAGAAUGGCAGAAAUCCGAUGGAACCUUGAGCUUGCCAGCAGAUGUGAAGGCAGCCGUGUAUGCUGUUGGAGCACAGACAUCGGAAGGCUGGGAUUUCCUCCUCAGUAAAUACAGACUGCACUCGUUCAACGUAGAGAGGGAGAACAUUGAGUUAGCGCUCAGCCUGAGCAGAAGUAAGGACAAGCUUCAGUGGUUAAUGGAUCAAGGUCUGCGUGGUGACAUCAUACGGACUCAGGACCUCCCACACGUUAUUGUCUUUGUUGCCAAAAACCCAUCUGGGUAUCACCUAGCUUGGGCAUUUUUAAAAGAAAAUUGGAAGAAAGUUGUAGAAAAAUUUGAACUCGGUUCGAAUUCCGUGGCAAGCAUUGUCACUGGGGUGACAAGUCGGUACUCAACAAGAUCACAGCUUGCACAGGUGAAAGAAUUCUUCAGUUCUCUGGAGGAAAAAAGCUCACAGCUCCGCUGUGUCCAGCAGGCCAUUGAGACCAUUGAAGACAAUAUACUGUGGAUGGAUAGAAAUUUUGAGGAAAUCAAAGUGUGGUUGCAAACCAACCGCCUGUAAAUGAAGGCACCUUGCUUGUAUUUGUUAGAAAUAACUGGAAAGCACUAAAAAGAUAUGAAGAUUCGGGCCUGGAGGGGCCGCUCAGUUGUACGAAUUAGUUUCUCCGGAUGGAGCUGCAAGGCAGUCUAAUGUGGCUGCUCAGAAUUUUUCUCCCUCAUGGUUGUGGUUUGCUGGGAACAGAACCAUUCCUUGAUCUCUUUCACCGGGUAAGACUUUGAAAAGGCAACGCUGUGCAGCGAAGGAGGGCGUAGGAGAGGCCGACUGCUAGAGACCUGAAAUGCGUCGCUUCUGGAAAAGCAGCAGGUACUGGGGGGCCAGCAGCCGAGAGAAACUCCACCUGGAAUUGCUCACCCUUCCCGUGUCUCUCCUACAAAGCUGCAGCUGGAACACCGAGCAGCGCUAGACCUCUGGAGCAAAGCCCUCCGCCUGUCUUUAUGGCGUAGGCUUCCGGGAGAAUUAAUUUUUACAAACACGUACCUCGGAUCAAGCGGCACACAAUUCAAAAAACCAGCCCCAAGUAUUGGCUGUCAUUAACAGCGCGUCUGUCAGAAUAAAUACCACAAGGGCUGCCCAUGCAAGCUUUACCGUAGCCCUGGGGGGCUGGGGGUGGUUGCGGUGGUGUGGGGGCUGCGCAGGGGUGAGGCCCCGUCCCUGCUGCGCUCUCCCCUUAGUGCCGCCCUCUCCCAGCUGUUCUGCCCCACUCCUGCUGCUGCCAAUAUUUUGUCUGCGCUGGAAAUACUGUUGUGCUCUAGGCAGCAUUCGGGAAAUGAGUGUGUACAUUUCCUGGGCGGGGGGCGGGGGGGAAGGGGGGAAAGCUGUGAUUUUUGCUUCAGAUGAUUUUUACUUCACAUGAUUUUUACUUUAGAUGAUUUUUAACCAUCAGUUUGUUUUAGCAGGAAUUUUUGCUUGUAAUUAUCCCUUUUUCACCUAACUGAAAUGCAGCUGUUGUCAGGAGCACUCAUUGACGUUUAACAGGACCGCCAUUCAUAACGCUCUUUGUUCCUUCUCUGUGGGGUGGUGGUGAAAUCUUGCAGGUGUUUGGUUUUUUUGGUUUUUGUUUAGCAGGCACCUGUAAGUGGCUUCUGUUUACCUGCAGAAAACCUCUAUUUCUGUACUUUAAAAAAAAAAAAAAAAAUCCAGCUAAUUACCACAUGUGCUUAAAUGCAGCUGAGCGCUUUGCUCUGACGACCUCGCCCUGUGCAUGAUUCCAGUGUUUAUUUUCCAGGUCUGACCUGGCCUGGCUCAGCUUCCUCACUGAUAUGCUGAAGCAUUCAGAAACUUUAACAAAGAUAAGGAUUUAGGGAAAAAGUCGUAAUCAUGAGCUAUGGGCUCUGCCUUGCUCGCUCUUCUCGCAGCCAGAACCUACACCAGCCCAGGAAGUUGAAAUCCACUUCCUCAUUAGUUGGGAAAGGCCGUUGAGUUCUGCUGGUGAGUUCUGCUGUGGAGGGCAAAAAGCCGUCGCGGUGCUGGAGAAAAUCCCAUUUCCUGUCGCUCGCCGUAGCCCCUUACAGACGAGGCGUCGCGUGCCUGUUGGCGCACAAGGGGAGCGCCGAGCCAGCUGUGCGCCAGCUGUGCGGCGUCUUCUGCUGC